AAGUAGGAAUUUACGAGAAGCACACGAAGGCAGCAGAGCUAUUAGUUGUUUUACAUUCUAAAAUGACGGACCCGACAACGUCGCCAGAGGACCACUGGAAAACAGACGGUGCUUUCAGCGACAGUGGCUUUGACCCUAGUUUCUUUGCUGAAACUGUCAGAAAGGGUUCAGUUGUGUCCAGGGCCAACAGCAUCGGCUCGACAAGUGCCUCUUCAGUACCAAAUACAGAUGAUGAAGACAGUGACUACAGACAUGAGACGUCAUAUAAGGACUCGUAUAAAGAUCGACGGAGACAAGCGCACACGCAGGCUGAGCAGAAGCGUAGGGAUGCUAUCAAGAAAGGCUACGAAGACCUCCAGUCCAUAGUACCAACCUGCCAGCAGCAGUCUGAAUUUGCAGUGGGAGCACAGAAGAUCAGCAAGGCUACUGUGCUACAGAAAACAAUCGACUACAUCCAUUUUCUUCAUAAAGAAAAGAAGAAGCAAGAGGAGGAAGUUUCUGUACUAAGGAAAGAAGUGAUGGCGCUGAAAAUCAUGAAAACGAACUAUGAGCACAUAGUGAAGGCCCACCAGAACCACCCACAGCAGGGAGAGGAUCAGGUGUCUGACCAGGUCAAGUUCAACAUCUUUCAGAGCAUCAUGGACUCCCUGUUCCAGUCUUUUAGCACUUCUGUUUCAGUGAGCAGCUUUCAAGAACUCUCCGCCUGCGUUUUCAGCUGGAUUGAGGAGCACUGCAAGCCACAUACGCUGAGGGAGUUUGUCGUAGGAGUGCUCCGGCAGCUCAAUGGUCAGCUUUAUUGAUUGAGUGAAACCUCUGGACUUAAUUCCCCAGAAAAUUGACUUUGUGCUUGCUCUGGCCUCUCAGGGUGGAGAAAAAAAACUUCAAUCAGCCUCAGGCCACACACUACACUCACUUCAACUCAUCAGUGACUCCCUGGCUGCAAUUGGAUUACCUCAACCUCACACUAUGGGCAGGGAUGAGAAGUUGCAUUGGAUUGAGCAGUCAGGGAUCACUUUCUGAUUCUAAGUGUACAUACAUACAGAUAGCUGAGUAUAUUCCAGCCUCUGCUGAAUGUUCGUAGUUCUUACUAUUGUUCUGCUAAGAAAUGCAGGGGACACACAAAAUAUAAGUUUGCAAAUGAAUGCAUCAGUUAGACAAGACAGUGUAGUGUGCAUUUAGUUGGAGUCACAGUCUGAAGUAACUAGAGUUGCCCUUAAAUAAAUCAAAACCAAGACUGCUCUUA